GACGUCACAAAGCCCAGCUCUAGUCACAAAGCUGUGGCCAGCCCGGGCUCAUUAAAAAAAAAAAAAAACCUGCGGGGAAAUCGCGCGCCUAGUGCCAGAUCUGCUACCCGUUGGCAAGAGCGCAGGUGUUCGGUGCACGGAGCAACAUGACACUCCAGACUGACUUUGAGGCUGCUGCAACAAAUGUUACAAAACUAAAAUCUAAGCCCACUGAUGAUGAAUUAAAGGAAUUGUAUGGACUCUACAAACAGGCCACUGUAGGAGACGUCAACACUGAGUGCCCUGGGAUGUUGGAUUUGAAAGGCAGAGCCAAAUGGGAGGCUUGGAAUCUGAAGAAAGGUACAUCAAAAGAUGAUGCUAUGAAAGCCUACAUUUCUAAAACAAAUGAAAUGAUCCAGAAAUAUGGACUGUAGAAUUUCCUUAAACACUUCACCUUCAAGUAGUUAUUGGUACUUUCAAAACUAUAUUAUUAAUGUUAAUAUUUGGGCCUAAAACUUAAUCUGUAACAAUUUCAUUUUAAUUAUUGUGACAUGUUUGUACUUGUUUACAGUACAUUUUGUAUCUUAAUACAUCUCCUGUUUUCACCAGUAUUUUAGACUCCUCAUUCCAAUGACAGUCUUGUGGUACUUUAAAGUCUCAAACAUUUAUAAUAGCACAUAACCCUUUGUGAUCACUGCUCUAUCAGACAGUGUGUGGAACGUCAUUCUGACAGAAUAGCAUUAUAAUACACACACACAGUGAUUAUUGCUGGUAAAAGCAGUAUUUGAUAAAUGAGAGUGGGAUACUAAAUUACAAGUUAAACAUGGUGACAAUGACAGAUUAAUUCAUUAACAAAAUAAAAUAAUUGGAUGAAGCACGA